UUCAGAAAUUCCCAGUGCGGCCAGUAUCAUUGAUACAAGCUGAAGGCCUGAAGGCAAUGUUUGAGUGUUUGUACCCUGGUGCCCUGAGUCACAGUUGGGGGAUCAAUGGAAUGUACCCAGCUGAUGAUGCGUUUCCACCUGAUGUAACUCGUACCCUACCGUCUGGUGAUACUCCAGCAAGACUGGUCAUUCCAUCCACAGGCCAGUACAACAACACUAUGGUGCAGUGUAGGGCUGUGCUUGAUGUGGGAGGAGAUGCGCAGUUUGUGCAAACAUGUGAUGCUCUGUUGUUAGUACAAGGUCCAUUGGCUUCUAUUACUGGACUGAGACUGGAAAUGGUGACCUCUACUUCAGUGACUCUCACCUGGGAUGCUCCUUUCUCUCUAGACCUCACCACAGCUGAGCUAGACAUACAGUAUUGUGUGGAUGUGCACAGUUUCCCUGGAAGACAACUGGUGGAGUCAACAUGUGACAUCAUCGACACUAACUACACUUUCUCUAUCAGUGAUCAAGACCAGAUAGUAUUUACAGUGACACCAAGAAGCAAUGUGGAGGGCAGUAGUCUCAAUGGAACCCCCAAUGAACUAGCCGGACCUCUUUUGCACGGUAACGGCACGAUCACUGUCGGCACACCACUUCCUACUAAUGAGUCUGCUCAACCACAGUUUAUUACAAUAGCAGUGUCUUCAGGUGUGACUGCUGUGGUUGUUCUACUCCUACUCUUAGUCAUCGCCAUUUUAACCGCUAUUGUCACAGUGAAACGAAAACAAAGGAAUCACAAAGGUAUAAAUGUUUAUGUUAAUUUUUUAUUGUUUUUAUUAAUUUAGGUGAUGUUGUUGUAUCAGAUGGAAGAGUGGAUUUGUCAUCAACAUUGCCAGGAAUUGAGCAGCCUAACGAAGCUUAUGUUCCAGUGCUCAAUAAGAACAUUGCCUAUGAGCAGACACAGAUACCAAGACACAAUAAACACACCACCACCAUUGUCACCACGG